AUGUUUUCAUUGAAAAAUUAUUUUGUCAAUUUAAAUAUAUUUGAAUCAUCGACUGAUUCAACAGCAACAGAUGCAGAAAAAGAACAUGAACGUCGAUCAAAUAUUAUUUCAACUCGAAUCUUUUUAAUUAUUCUUAUCGUCGUUCUAUUUGGACUCGCUAUUAUUAUGAAAACAAGAAGUCGAAAUACACUUAUAAUAGUUGAAAAUCCAAGUGAAGAUCAAUUCAUAAACUUACCAUCUGAUGCUCACUGUCCAUGUUCUCGUAUAUCAUUAACCUAUGAUGAAUUUAUUUC